UCGACACUUCGAAAAACCGUUAUUAUGAGGCAUCCGUUGUUGACGCCUCGUCUCUCGUGAUUCGUUCUUUGUCGGUCCGGGAAAUGGCGGAGGACGAGAAAGCCGACUGGCCAAACAACGUGCGGCUGUUCCAAAUCGCCGUCUCCAACAGUCUCAGGAAUAUAAGCGAAUCUGUGAGCGAGGAUGAGUUUGUCGAGAUACUCCCGAUUCUCAAAUCGAAACCCAGCGUUGCCCAGAAGUUACAUAAUGCCCUAAUAAAGGAACUGUAUAAUAGUAUGAAUAAUGAUCUGGAGAGUAUAUUGAAGGAAAGCGAUUUACAGGAUGUAUUCAGCAAAAUAGCUCAAUUGUCCGAGGAAAGUACGACGUCCGUUAACGAAGACGUAUGGCGUCCACCGGGAAAUGUAAUCACACACUUGAUAUCACUGGAUGCGCACAAGGUCAAGGAAGCAACCGAGGAAUUGGAGAAGGAAGUAAAUGAAAUAGAAAGAGAGAACGAAACUCUAAAAAAGACAAUUGUAGAAAAUAGAUCGAGAAUAUGUGCCACAAAUGAUAGAAUGAUGAAAAUUUUGAAUCAUACGCCAAUUAUAUUGCAAGAAUUAAACAAAAUGUAUGAAGAGUUAGUGACUUGUCAUAAAAUGAUCAAAGAUGAAUAUUUUCAAGAUAAAGUUUAGAAAUACAUUAUGUGUGUGUAUUUAUAUUUAUGCUAUAAUGUACAUUUAUAUUAUAAAUAAUAGAUUUAUUUG